UCAAAAUAUAAUCGAACGUAUAAUCGAAUCGCAUAUACAUGGUUUGCGCAUGUGUGCAGUACUCCUCCAUUCAUGCUGCUUGCUGCUCGCAUUUCAAAUCUGGCUCACAUUGUGGUUAUCAUCCUUUGCGAAACUGCACGAAGAUGUUUGCUGUUUUCAGAUUUAGACACGCGUUUAAAUUAGGAAGAUCUCUCACGAGAUCAUUAAAUAAAAAUCUGCAGGAGGAAUUAGUUCAAGCACAAUGUCGCCAACUAUCUGUUAUAUGUCAACAUGUGAGAUAUUUGUCAUCUCAGCCAGAAGUUCAAACCACAGAGUACCAUAAUAUAAUAAAAGAUACAGAAAAGGCUAUAGGUGAAAAAGCCAAGCAUGAAUUUCAAUCGGAGACACAAAUGUUGUUACAAAUUGUAGCAAAGUCUUUAUAUUCAGAUAAAGAGGUGUUUGUGCGAGAGCUUAUUUCAAAUGCCAGUGAUGCAUUGGAAAAAUUAAGAUACUUACGUUUAAGCGAUAAUGAAGCGGCACAAGCAGCAGGCGAUAGAAGCUUGGAGAUACAUAUUGGCACUGAUAAGCAGAAUCGUACUCUCAUGAUCCAAGAUACCGGUGUGGGAAUGACUAGAGAGGAAUUGAUAUCCAAUUUGGGAACCAUAGCUCGAUCCGGUUCUAAGACAUUUCUGAAAAAAUUGAAGGAAGAACAAAACACCAAUGAUACUUCCAAAAUUAUCGGACAAUUUGGUGUUGGCUUCUACAGUGUCUUCAUGGUUGCUGAUAAAGUAGAAGUAUUUACGAAAUCUUUUGCAAAAGAUGCAGAAGAUCUCUGCUGGACUUCAGAUGGAUCAGGUACGUUUGAAAUUUCAAAUGCGGAUGGAGUGCAGCCAGGCACAAAAAUUGUUAUUCAUCUUAAAUCAGAUAGCCGAGAAUUCAGCGAUGAGAAUACUAUUAAUCGUAUUAUUAACAAGUACAGUAAUUUUGUCGGCAGCCCUAUUUUUGUAAAUGGGCAGAGAGCUAAUGUCAUUCAGCCGUUAUGGAUGAGCGAUCCAAAAGAUGUCACAUCGCUGCAACACGCGGAAUUUUAUCGAUUUAUUGGAAAUUGCAUUGACGCACCAAGAUUUAUACUGCAUUAUUCGACAGAUGUGCCGUUGAGUAUUAAGGCUCUGUUGUAUUUCCCAGAAGACAAACCCGGAUUCUUUGAUCUGUCGAGAGACACUACCAGUGGGAUCUCGCUUUAUAGCCGAAAAAUUUUAAUUAAAAGCAAAGCAGAAAAUAUCUUACCAAAAUGGUUACGUUUCGUUAAAGGCGUAGUCGAUUCGGAAGACAUACCGCUGAAUUUAAGCCGCGAACUGCUGCAAAAUAGUACAUUAAUUGGGAAACUGCGAACCGUGUUGACGGCGCGCAUAUUAAAAUUCUUAAAUGAGCGAUCCACGAAGCAGCCAGAAGAGUACCAUGAAUUUUACAAAGCAUAUGGCAUGUACUUAAAAGAGGGCAUUGUCACUAGUGGCGAUCAGUCUGAAAAGGAAGAUAUAGGCAAACUCUUGCGGUUUGAAUCUUCUGCCACAACUCCAGGGGAAUUUGUCAGCCUGCCGCAAUAUUGCAGUCGCUUAGCAAAAGACCAAAAGGACAUAUAUUAUUUAGCAGCGCCGAGCCGAACUCUGGCCGAGCAGUCACCAUAUUACGAGUCUCUGAAGAAACGAAAUAUCGAAGUUCUCUUUUGCUACGAACCGUAUGAUGAGUUAGUGUUGAUGCAUUUGAAACAAUAUAAAUCUAACUUCUUAACGUCUGUGGAGAAAGAAAUGCGAGAUGACAGUGAAGCAAAUAAGCCAGAAAAUUUAGGUAUUAUAAAUAAAGACGAACUAGAUAAUCUAAUAAGCUAUAUCAGAACGAUCCUUGACAAGAAGGCUUAUGAUGUCAAGAUGACAAAUCGUUUGGAAUCAUAUCCCUGUGUCGUGACCGUGCAAGACAUGGCGAGUGCUAGACAUUUUAUUCGCAUGCAAAGUCACGAAAUGAACGAAGAAAUGCGGUAUUCCAUGCUUCAACCGCGCUUCGAGAUCAAUCCAAAUCAUCCUAUCAUCAAAAAGUUGUGUAAAUUGACGACUACAAAUGCAGAAUUAGCUGAUCGCGUAAUACAGCAGCUAUUCGCUGGUGCCAUGGUUGGGGCUGGUUUAAUUGAAGAUCCGCGAAUAUUAUUGACACCAAUGAAUGAAUUACUUACGUUAGCGCUAGAAAAGUAUUAAUAAUUGGAUUUAAUAUAAAGGAAAACAUUACGUUUUGUUAUUUAA